AGGAACACUCACCUAGUGUCUCUCACUCAUCAACGAUCUGGCCUCUUUGAGGAACUCGAACAGAGCUUCGAUCAAACACUUUGAAGACAAAAACCGCAUCACAAUUUCGGAAAUCCAAGCGACCAAUUGGAUUCGCAUUUUCGACACUCUAGGGUUUCAACCAGUCACCGUUCGUUUCAAUGAAGUUGAAGAUCAACAAAGCCUGCGAUCUCAGCUCCAUCUCCGUUCUUCCUCCUCACACGAGGCGAUCGAGCAUUGGGCCGAGCGGGCCGGGGUCGUCAUCGGUGUUUGGAAGAAGCCAGGCGUCUCAGCUCCGCUCGCAGCCGUCGCAGCAUUCGUUUUCGCAGCAGGGAGUUUCGUCUCAGCACGGAAUGUUUUCUCAGCUCUCGCAGAAUUCUCUCGAUGAGAUUGUCACGAACGAUCAGAGGAUAAGUUCUCAGGAAAGAGAGAAUCCAGUGAAGAAGCUUUCUUGCUUGCCCCCUAUCAGCUACUCGCUGGAAGAGAGUCAGAUGCAAGUCUCGAGAUCUUCUAGCAAUCUUAUGCGCAAGUGGAACUCUAGUUCUGUUCUAGAUCACAGAAGUCAGACAAGUGAAGAACUUGAACGCAGGAUUGGAAUGAUGGAAACUUCAUUGAACAGAUUUGGAAUGAUCAUGGACUCUGUUCAGAGUGAUAUCAUGCAAGUAAACAAGGGAACAAAGGAAGCAUUGAUGGAAAUUGAAGACGUACGACAGAAGUUAAUUGCUAAUGGUAAUUUGCUGCAGGUAAUGGCAAAGGGACAAGAAGAUAUCAAAACUAAUCUAGCAGGUGGCAUAAAAUCUCUCUCCGAUCAAGUCAGCCAGGAUACAGAUGGAGAGAAGUUACAGGAGAUUUCUUCAUUUAUAUUAACUUUACCAGAGCAGAUUGACGUCUAUUUGCAAAAAAUGAAAUCUGAACUCUGCAAUAAACUCACCCAAGAAAUUCAGGCAAUGGUUUGCAGCUUGAAGGUUCCUAACCAACACCAUCUAACUCCCGCUAUUCUUUUGGAAGAGGGUAUCAGUUGCCGUUCUGUUCAACAGCAGAUGCAACCUCUCAAGGGCCCUGAAAUGCCACCAAGGAGUUGUGGCAAAACAGCACUGCUUCCAAAGAUAGAAGUGGGAAGCUGGACCUCUGUCAAAACAGAACAAGCUACUUUUACACACAGGGGUACAAGUAAGAAGCAUAAACAGAAGAGAAUGUCUCCGAUUGAACUGGAGAGAGAAUGGAGAAUUCCUAUUGAAUCAGAUGAGGAGAUAGACGGAGGGUUUUCCUGCUUGCUUGAAGGAAAGGAAACAGAUGUAGGAAACUACUCAAUGGCAGAAGCAAAGGAAGAAACUAAAAGGAUUCUGAGGAAAGCUAGGAGGAGAAAGAGGAAACACUCUAACACUAUAAUUCUAGAUUGAAGUUUUUUCUUUCUUUCAUUUUCAGCUGGUUCAUACUUCAUAUACAGGGUUGCAACUUGUACAUGCUUUAAUAAUUGGACCGAGAUUAUGGCUGCAUUGGCGCAAAGUCGGAAAGAUACCAAUAGAAAAUGCAAGGCUCAUUGAGAAGAUUAGGCACUGUCGUGGAAAAUGAUAAAAACUUGAUUUUGUACCCUUGUAAGUUUGUGUCUGGAUGAUCGAUUCGUGGAGAGAUUUACGUUGGAAGUGGAAAUUGAUUUCCCUAAUGUUUUUCCGA